AUGAUACGUACUAUAGUCACUCAAUCUCACACUCCCAUCACUCGCGCGACGCCCUCGUGUGCUCUGUCCGUCGGCCUCGCUCCCCCUCCCCGUCUCCCUCGCUCCCCCUCCCCGGCGCCCUCGCUCCCCCUCCCCGUCGCCCUCGCUUCCUCUCCCCGUCUGCCUCGCUUCCGCUGCCUGUCGCCCUCGCUCCCCCUGCUCGUCGCCCUCGCUUCCCCUCAUCGCCCGCGCUUCCCCUCGUCGCCCUCGCUUCCCCUCCUCGCCCGCGCUUCCCCUCAUCGCCCUCGCUUCUUCUCCCCGUCGCCCACCUCUCCUCGGCCCCCUCGCUCCCCCUCCCCGUCCCCCUCACUCCCUCUCCUCGUCGCCCUCGCUCCCCCUCCCCGUCCCCCUCACUCCCUCUCCCCGUCUGCCUCGCUUCCCCUGCUCGUCGCCCUCGCUUCCCCUCGUCGCCCUCGCUUCCCCUCGUCGCCCUCGCUUCCCCUGCUCGCCGCGCCCUCGCUUUCCCUGCUCAUCGCCCUAGCUUCCUCUGCCCGUCGUCAUUGCCUCCCCUCCGACGAGUCGUCGCCCUCGCUUCCCUUGCUCGUCGCCCUCGCUUGCCCUCCCAUCGCUCUUCCCUUCUCCCUCGAUCUCCCUUCCUGUCGCCCUCGCUUCCCCUCGUCGCUCUUCUCAUCGCCUUGCCUGGCGCCCUCGCUUCUCUUGCCCAUCGCCCUCGCUUCUCUUGCCCAUCGCCCUCGCUUUCCCCUUCAUCUCCCGCCCCGUCGCACAGUUUCUCCCAUGAUUCAUUCUCGCGACAUUCUCGCACACCCCCCACCCUCUCUCACCUAUCCCCCUCCUUCCCCUCCACUUACCGCCCUCUUUCCCCCCACUUACCGCCCACUUCCCCCACAUACUGCCCGCCUUUCCCCCUCCUCUUUUGCAGCAACCACCCUCCCACUCACCCCGUUCCUGCCCCUUCUGAAUCCCUUUCCUUCAAUCACUCACAGUCCGCCCUCUCCCCACUUAUCCCCUUCCCUUCCCUCACUUACCACCCUCCUUCCUCCCCACAUACCACCCUCCUUCCUCCCCACAUACCACCCUCCUCCCUCCCCACAUACCGCCCUCUUUCCUCCCCGUGUACUGCCCUUUUUUCCCUACUUACCAGCCUCCAGCCACCCAGUUACCACCGUCAACCACAUCCACAUACCACCCUGCUUCCCCCCACUUACCAACCUCCAACCCCCAUGUACCACCCUAAUGACGCCUCCACGCCCCACCCACCUUGUUCCCUACAUAACGCCCUCCUUCCUUCCAACACGCCGCCCUCCUAUCCCCCCAUGUACUGCACUGCCCAUGUUCCCCCGAACAAACCACCAUCAUUUCCCCCCUUAUGACCCUCAUUCCCCCCCAGUCACCGCCCUCCUUCCAUUCACAUACCCCCUCUACUUAUGCCCACCUGCCCUCGACAAUAAUGUUCUCAUUCGUCAGUCACACCGCAGGGGCAGAGGGGCGGAAGCUGCGAGGAAAUCUGCUCCUACAACAGGAGGAGUAAAGAAGCCUCAUCGUUAUCGUCCCGGAACGGUCGCCCUUCGUGAGAUUCGCAAGUACCAGAAGAGUACCGAGCUGCUAAUUCGGAAGCUUCCCUUUCAGCGGCUGGUUCGCGAAAUUGCUCAAGACUUUAAGACGGACCUGAGGUUCCAAAGCCAUGCCGUGCUCGCGCUCCAAGAAGCUGCCGAAGCUUAUCUCGUUGGUUUGUUCGAGGAUACGAAUUUGUGCGCCAUUCAUGCCAAGCGUGUCACCAUCAUGCCUAAGGACAUCCAGUUGGCUCGGCGCAUCCGUGGAGAGAGGGCAUAG